AUGAUCUUCAACGUGGUGCUAGAGCGACGAGCACAGGAAGGUCUUGGACUUGCCAUUAAGCGCGGCUGUUCAGGCGAGUGGGCCAGCUGCGGGGCCCUGGUUGUGGACAUUCUCCCUAGUGGCCCUGCUUAUGGAAAGUUGAGGCCAGGCGACAUAAUAAUGUCAGUGAACGGUGUCUCUUUGGAGGGGAAAUCGCAUCCAGAAAUGCUAGAUCUCCUUCGAAGGGCAGAGGGCAUAGUCACCCUCCUUGUCUAUCGACGAGAAGAUGUGGAGGUGCAUGGGGAGGCCCAACGGGCUCCGGUGACUGCGACUUCGACUUCAUAUCAGUCCCUCUUCCUGCCCGACGGGCUCUCGAUCGGCUCUCAACAGAGGCAGGCUUCUCCCUCUCCGUGUGAAAUUAUUACCAACGGGACGAAACGCACCCAUAGCAUGCCGGGGUUCGCAAGUCCACAGGUGACUCCGUCUCACGCAGUAUCCCUACCACAAUUGACAGCGAGGUCGGAGGAUCGCCUGGCCACGCUCACCCGUGACCGACGUCAGGCCAGUUUCCUCAAGGUCAAUCUAGCUAAACAGAAUCCUCAAGAUGGGUUGGGCGUUGAGCUCUCAGGUCAGUUGGUGGUAACCUCGGUAACGCCGGGUGGCAAAGCGCAUUAUGCUGGGAUUCGAGUGGGAGACAGAGUUGUCAAUCUAAACGGGAUAGACACGGCCCACUUGAGCCUGAUUGAUGCCGCCUACCUGAUGCGAAGGGAGCAGUCGGAUGUCACUCUGUUGCGAGUCGAACACGAGGGGGAAGAGGAGAGUGCUCGUCUGCCACCCGAGGCUGCACAGCUGUUUGUUCAGGACACUCCUCCUCAGUGUGGACACCCAUGCUGCAAACCACAAGAACCACUCCAUGUUAUGACCUCUCCCGCGGAAUACUCGCCAGUCCUGUACAAGCCCAUCUGCCCCGACAAUAAUGCGGAUAAAGUCGGCAUUGCAUCAGGUGUCCGGUGCAACUGUCACGUCACGCCGCGACACCCCCUGGUUUGUCCUGAGAUCGUGACAGGUGAGAGAGGCUCGCCUCCAUUCGCCACCAUUGACGAUGGCUCCCAUGCCGAGGGCGACGUUUCCCGAGUGGUGAGCAUUCAGCGCCAUCCUGUGCUUGGCACAGGCAUUCGAAUUAUUGGGGGCAAUGCCGUGGGCAUCUUCAUCUCCGAGGUGAAUGGUCAGUCACCUGCAACCGAGUCUGGGGUCAGACCAGGGGACGAGAUCAUCUCCAUAAACGGUGAAUCGGUAAAGUGGAUGACGAAAGCAGAAGCGGCAUUACGGAUUCUCAAGUCAGGAAAGGUACUAAAAAUGGAGGUGAGGCAAGCAGUUGACAAAUUUGAGGCCUUCAUAAACGGCAAAGUGGGAUCAGGGGACGACUUCUACGUGAGAGCCGCUUUCACCCAUACUCCGAGUGUUGUAGAUGGAAGCAGUGUGCGACCAAUUGAUCCGUUGGUACCUAUACCUACUCUACACAUAUCUCAUGGCGAUAUCUUCCAUGUUACAGAUAGUCUACUAGCUGGCUCGUUCACCUCAUGGUUGGCUCGGAAAGUGUUCCCAAGUGCAUCGGCCAUCGGAAGCAUUCCAAGUAAUGCAAAGGCCAUUCAGCUUUUAAAGGCACAAGUUUCAACAUCACUUUCCGUAGAAAGACUAAGACCCUACCUUCGGGUGGGUCGGCUAGACUGCUACCCCUAUCCUCGGCCCGUGAUCAUCUACGGUCCUCUAGCCGAGAAGGCGAUGCAUUUGUUGGUAGAAGAGGUCUCUACACUAGACGACAGCGACGGAGAGCCGCGUUUCGAGGUUCCCCCAAUAUCGGGAGCCCCACCACCGUCCAGCAACGCCUGGGCAGCUCACCUCUGCUCCCAGAGUCCCGGAGUUAUCCGCCUCAGUGCCAUCCAGAUGCUGAUGGAAAGGGGGAAGCACGCGGUGCUCUAUUUGCGACCCUCAUCAAUUGAGGGCCUCCUGUACAGCGGCAUCGUCCCCAUCGUUCUUCUCGUGACCGCCUCUAGUGCGCAGCAGAUCCAUGAGGCGCUGGAGCUCUACAGGCCACGGUGCCAGCGUGGCGCGCGAGAGAUGAGCCGACGCCUCUGGUCGGAGGUGGCCAGUCUGCUUCAGGCCAUCUCCCAUCUACUCACCGACACCGUUCCGCUUUUUAGUUCACCCUUGCAAGUACACUUUGACGAAAUGGAGUGGAUACACAACCUCAUCUCCAUUAUCAGGCAUCAUCAGAGCCAACCGGUAUGGGUCGCAGAAGACUCUGUAGCAUUCUGCAAGGCAAAUGAAAAUGCUCUUACUCCAGUUGCAUCGACAAUCGAGCCACCUAAAGCCGCGACUGAAGAAUCGUCCUCAGAAAAAAGUGAUCCAGAUAGAAGGGAAGAAUUCCGCUUUGAAAAUAAUGAAGGCUACCAAGGGGAUUGCUCAUCGGUCGGCAGAAGCUUCGAGGAAUGGGGUGUGCUGAAUCGCCUAGAACUAAUGGAGGAUGAGAUAGAAGCCAGAUUUCCGAAUAGUACAUCCCCGAAGAGGAAGAAUGAGCUACGUCGCGUGCGGAUUCAAUCACCAAGACCCGAUAGCAGAUCGACCCAGACGGAGUCACCCAGAGUCCAGGAGACCAGCAUCAACACUACCCCUCAGAGAGGAAAUGACGAGGAUGAAGAGGAGCGGAGGAAAGUUGUGGGUCCUCUCUCAGUGCGACGCCACCGUCCACUCUCCUCAAGCAACAUGCCCUGUGGUCUCAUCUCGGAGCCGCAGCGCGUUGUGGCCGAGGCCAGCGGCGAAUUCAUCCCAGCGGAGGGCGGAAAUUUACAACUGCCACAACACGGCGUCGGACUCUUAAUUCCACCCGGUGCUAUUCCCGACGAUGGUGAUGGAGAAAAACAGGAGAUUUACCUCCGCGUGUACGAGGGUGAGCAUCAAAAUGAGGAGUACGACAAGAAGACGAUGAACAAAUCGCAUAUAGUCAGUCCUUUGGUAAUGUGCGGUCCGCGAGGACUUCGUUUUCAGAAGUCCGUUACUUUGACAAUGCCACGUUUCCAUACGCACUAUGGGAAUGGUGGCGGGGACAAAGAGGACAGUGUAGGUGAUGUUGACAGUGGAGGUGGAUGCGAAGGCAAAGACGAAGGCAAGGAAGCGAAGACUGAGGAGGGAAUGCGGUCGUCGUUGCCACCAUCUUCAUGGAGCCUACGUGUGAUGCACGCUGCAACCCAGUCGGACUGUGCCACCUCCGCCUCCGAGGGGGAGACGCGGCAGCACGCCCUCCGCCAGUGGCAUGUUGUCCCCUCUUCAGUGACAGCUGCUACGGCAUCGAGGCCGAGAGUAUUGGGGACAUCAGCAACGACGACGAUGGAAAAGAUACAGGGUACAGUGUCCACGCCCUCCAGACUGCAAAGCGGGAUGGAGAGUGACAGCAGUGGAGCUGCGGUCACUUACCAAAUCGCCGAUUCAUUUAUCUCCCUCCUGAUUGAUCACUUCUGA